GCCCGACACCCCUGCCCGACGCCCGCAGGGCCGCGGCGGUGGCGCCGAGAGGCCGGGGUGCCGGUGCGGAGCGGCAGAGACCGCUCCGGCAAGUGCGGGGAACGUCCGCGCACCCCUGCGUGCGCGGGGACGGCGACACUUGGGGGAAUGGCGAUCGAAAGAGGAAGAUGGUGACGGUCGCCCGAGCUCUUCGCGUUUUUAUCCUUGUGAUGUUUUCGGUGGCUGGGAGUGUGGCGGGAGACAGGAUGGGGACAAACGUCGGCUGGGCUGCGACACCCUUGUCUCGUGGGGAGACCGUGGGUCGGUGUCGCUCGGUGGCACCUAGCAGACGCCCCCGCCUAAGAGGAGUGGAUUGGGAGGGGGACGAGACUUAGCUUCCUUGAACUUGUGCGCUAGGGGCUCCUCGGCUUUCCCCUGGCUCGGUACCCACCUGUCCUACGUCUGCUAAGUGACAUCGCCAGGCUGACCCCGGGUGGAGACUGGGGGGUCUGAGUCCCGCCUGAAGUCGUAGGUGGAGUCUGGCUCCGGGCGUUAGAGUUUGGGGGUGUCUUUUGGGGGUGUCUGCCCCUAGCUGGCCAGAGCCUUUUCCCUCUAACAAGGCUGCUGCUGCGUUUUUCUAACCUAGAAUUUGAAUAGGCUGCCAGGUGCUGCUGUGUCUUAUCUGCACCUGCUGCAAAGUGGCAGCAUUGCUCAGAGCCAGAAGCAAGAAAAAGUGUCUCGGGUGGCCUGAUAAUGAGGGGAGAUGCUCUUUGAAGCAAUUAAUGCUCAUUGCGAAGAAAAAAAUUGAGAGUAACUAGGAGUGUAACCGUGUAAACAUGUUUUUCUGACUUUACUCAGACACUUUUCUCACGGCUUUAUGGUGCCCACCACGAAAUCCCAGGAUGCCUGAAUAUUCCAUCUGUGCCCGUGCUUGAAUAGCUUUUAAGUGAAUGGUUUGAUAAAAAUAGAAGCCACAAACUGUUGGUACGGGGAGCAUGUUAAAAAUGGAGACUCUGCCCUUCUUCCAGAUGUACUGAUGGAAGGGACCUGGAGCCCCUUCUGGAUCAGCAUUUCAAACAAGCCUUGCAAGUACAGUAAUGCACAGUCUUUGGACUACCUCUUGGACCCCGCUUGGAAAAAUGCCAAAAUAGUAGAAUUCUGAGCAUACAUACAGAUGAGAGUUUGGAAAAGUAAAUUUUCCAAAUUUCCUUCAGCAAAAUUAUUUUCUAGUUACUAGUUGAGUGUUUUUGAGUGGAAUUUACAUUUAGCUAUUUUUCUAAAAUGAGAGUUCUCAUUUUUCUUUUUACAUGGCAUAUAUUAAUUGUAGACUUUAUCAUCAAUCUAGAAGCUUCGCUUUGGUUUCUUCAUCUACCACUAAUUAUGUAUAAUUAAUGUGUUUACUUGCACCUGUACUUCUGAUUUCCUUGCAGGCAAAUCAAUUAUUAGAUUUGUGAAUGUUCAUAGCAGCCUUGUCCCAAACAGUCUUCGAAAGUAGAUAUGUGGAUUUUUUUGCUUCCAGUAUACUUUUUAUAUAUUUUAAAAAUACUUUAGAUAGUAUUUUAACCUGUAACAUGCUUAGUUAUACAGUACCUCAUUUUUUGGAUACUUCUCUCAGAAGUGGGGCAGUUGUGACUGAAGUUCAGAGAGCUUACAUUACUUAGUGACACUAAACUGGGGCCCUAAUUCAGACCCCUUCUGCUCUAUGCAGUGUAUCAGUAUAUUUUCUUCUCUGUGUAGAAAAGCAGAAAAUCAAAAUGCAGAAGUAAAUGAGUUCUUCCACUUCUUGCAUGUACUGAAUUGGUAGAAAAACAGCAAAUGUGAAGGGAAGAGUUACAAUUUUUGAAAAAUACCCCUAUUCACAAGAAAUCAGUCACUUUUAAAGAAAUAAGCAAUUUGCUUUCCUUGAAAUGAAAGUAGGAAAACAUUUUUGAGCACAUGAAAUGAUGUUCAUUUGCAUAUCCUGUGCUUCAUUUUCUUAUAAAUGAAAUGCAAAUAUGAUUUGUGGUGUGGUGAAGCGCUAGGAACUAAAGACAUGGUGCAUACAAGUGAUACAAGAAUCUUCUAGUAAAAAGUAAUUUCAGUCAGAUAUAUUUGAAUCCUUCUCAAUACCUUCCUGAGGUGGCAUGAAAUCAAGAAAUACACAAAUGAAAGCCAGAGUCUUGGGACUCUUAGUAUCAAACCACAGACUUUGAACUUCUCCUUUAACAGCUGUAUGGGGUGGAGUGGGCCAGAAGUGAUAUCCGUGUCUUCCAGGAGAGGAAUCUGGCCAGAGACCAGUCCAUAAAGCCUGGACUCCAGCUACAUCCUUGAUGCAAAGGUGGCUGGAGUUCUGGACGAUUGCUUGUGUGAUAUUGACAGCAUUGAUAACUUCAAUACUUACAAAAUCUUCCCCAAAAUAAAAAAAUUACAAGAGCAAGACUAUUUCCGUUAUUACAAGGUUCUGCCCUACUGGACACAGUCCCCAGGUUUCGGUUGUGCUGGCAGAUGGUUAAAUAUGCCAGUUUUCUGCAGCUCAAUCUACUGCAGUGGAGGAAGCUGGUCUUCUGUCAGAGACCAGCCCUUCUCUACUGGAUCUGCCAUACCCCUCACCCCUUCAUGCCUCCAUUUUGGAUUGCAUCUCUAUUUCUGCAUUCCUGCAAGGUUAAUCUGAAGCGACCAUGUCCUUUUUGGGCAGAAGAUGGCCAUUGUUCAAUAAAAGACUGUCAUGUGGAGCCCUGUCCAGAGAGUAAAAUUCCAGUUGGAAUUAAAGCCGGACAUUCUAAUAAGUACUUGAAAGUGGCAAACAGUACCAAAGAAUUAGAAGACUGUGAGCAAGCUAACAAACUGGGAGCGAUCAACAGCACAUUGAGUAAUCAAAGCAAAGAAGCUUUCAUUGACUGGGCACGGUAUGACGACUCACAGGAUCACUUUUGUGAACUUGAUGAUGAGAGGUCUCCAGCCGCCCAGUACGUGGACCUGCUGCUGAACCCGGAGCGAUACACUGGCUACAAGGGGUCCUCGGCAUGGCGAGUGUGGAACAGCAUCUACGAGGAGAACUGUUUCAAGCCUCGAUCUGUGUAUCGUCCUUUAAAUCCUCUGGCUCCUGGCCGAGGUGAAGAUAAUGGAGAAUCAUUCUACACAUGGCUGGAAGGUUUGUGUCUGGAGAAGAGAGUCUUCUAUAAGCUUAUAUCAGGACUUCAUGCCAGUAUCAAUUUACAUCUGUGCGCAAAUUACCUUUUGGAAGAAACCUGGGGUAAACCUAGCUGGGGACCUAACAUCAAAGAGUUUAAACGUCGCUUUGACCCUGUGGAAACCAAGGGAGAAGGGCCGAGAAGGCUCAGGAACCUGUACUUCCUGUACUUGAUCGAGCUCCGAGCUUUGUCAAAGGUGGCCCCUUACUUUGAGCGUGCAAUUGUCGAUCUUUAUACUGGGAAUGUGGAAGAAGACACAAACACCAAGACCCUUCUGCUGAGCAUCUUUCAGGAUACAAAGUCCUUUCCUAUGCACUUUGAUGAAAAAUCCAUGUUUGCAGGUGACAAAAAGGGGGCCAAAUCAUUAAAGGAGGAAUUCCGGUUACAUUUCAAGAAUAUCUCCCGAAUUAUGGACUGCGUUGGGUGUGACAAGUGCAGAUUAUGGGGGAAACUACAGACUCAGGGCUUAGGAACUGCCUUGAAGAUACUAUUCUCUGAAAAAGAAAUCCAAAAGCUUCCGGAGAACAGUCCAUCUAAAGGCUUCCAGCUUACUCGGCAGGAAAUAGUUGCUCUUUUAAAUGCUUUCGGAAGGCUUUCUACAAGUAUAAGGGAGUUACAGAACUUUAAAGUUUUAUUACAGCACAUUAGGUAAUGAAGGCUUUGUAUGUCUACUUAGACAUAUGGUUACUGUGUGUAGCCCUUUAGUCUUGGACCUUCUGAAGAAGAGACUAACCUCCUAGGACUUCAAGAAUUCUCAGCUCUUGAGAAGAUUCAAAUGUUCACUUGAAUAUUUAUUAUCCAUAAUAGAUUAUCAAUGAGAUAUUUAUAAAUGAAGUAUACGCUUUUAAAACAUGUAAAUUAUACUAAUUCUGUGUUUAAUUUCAUGUGUUUACUUCCAUUAAAUAUUUUACUGUUUCACCUGUCAAACUUUAAAUAACGGUCUCCAUCCUAGUAACACUGUUCCCAGUCUGUUGUGGAAGAAGAGAGCGAGAGGACUGGUGUUACUUAGGGUUGAUGUCAGUAACAGAAAUGUAUUGGUGAUGUCAUGCGUGUCCAUUUGAUGAAUGGCAGCACAGGCUCCUCAAGAUUCCCCAAAACUUGAAGCUCACUUUGGUUGCUUUUCAUUUGAGAUUUUCAGUUGCAGUUGCUGUUUUGGGUUUGGCCCAAAGGAACCGCAUUGGUAAAAGUGAGUUAGUGCUUCCCCAGCUCCCUUCAGCCAGUUGAUUGUGUGCGCUUGGCUGGCUCAAGAGCGUUUACCUAGAGCCUGAAGCUCACCUUCUUCUGACUUUGCCUCUUUGCUCCUCUCCUAAUUGUACGCAGUUCCAGUGGCUUAGGAAAUAACCUGUGUAUUUAUUUGAUUAUUAUUAAUAAAAUUUGAAUGAGAUUAUAUAUAUAUGCCAGUUGAAAACAUAUACAGAGAAUUUGCUGUUUUAGAGUAACAGCAUUUUUAGAGGGUUUAGUUUUGAACACAAUCUAUGCAAUCCUGUACCUCUCCGUGUGAUUUUUCCCUGGUGAGAUGCUUCAGCAGGGGUCAAAUCAGGCCUCUUCUAGGCUUCCUCUCCCCCCACCCCCUUUCCAUCUUCAGUUCAUCCUGUAUCAGUGGUAUUUUGUGUGACUCAGACCAACGGAGGACUCAUUAGGUCCUAGACUGUCAUUUUCUAAACCCAAGAUUUAAAGUCUCAAAACAGUGUUUAAAAUCUUAAUUCUUUUAAAGGUGCCAGUGGAUAUAGUGAGAUUAACUUGAAAGGUUUCAUCUGUAUGGAAGUAUGCAGGUACAAAGUCUAGUGUUUCCUUAGACUUCCGUCUUUUCCCAAGUAAAUAAGUGCUCUUAAACCCACAUCUUAUCCUGCCAGAAUCUGAAAUGUGGUUGUUGACAAUUUCAUGGUAUCUUUUAAGUUGUAGUUAGUUGGCUCACCUCUUUUUUAAAAAAUACCCAUCCCAUGGCUAGAAAAGGAAGGUCUCACUAGAGUUCUUUUCUCCUCUAACUUCUAACCCUUAUAAACUUGGGGUUUUGUUGGUAGUGAUGGUGGGUUUUGUAGGUUGAGUUUAAAAUGCUGGCUUAAUUGGAGCUUCCUGCAGUUUUUCUUUGCUUUCUUAGGGUUACAAGUGUUGUGGGGAGGGAGACCUUAAAGGCAAAUAGUCUAAAAAUUGGGAAUCUACUAAGAAUAAUUAUUGUUAACUUAGUGUUCGUUCAGAGUUAAAAUGUGAAAAAAAAUAUUUAUUUUUACUGUAAGUUCACUUCAUUGUUCCUGCAGUUAAAUAGUUAACUAUUUAACUAGUUAAAUAGUUUAAACUGUUAACUAUUUAACUAGUUAAAUAGUUUAAACUAUUUACUAGGAAAAAAAUCUUUUGUCAAUUCCAUUUAUUACCUUUUCUUUACUGUGAUUUAUCUCCAGCUAAGGAAAAACGGUGUAUUUAGAGUAUUCUAGGACAUUAAAAGUCCACUUAGGGAAAAGUUCUUUUCAAGGCUUUAAUGAACUUUUUCAUUGCUAAGAAAGGAAAUGAAGUAUUUUUAAGCUGAAAUGCAUCUGGUUAACUAUUUGACAUAAAUUAGGUUGUGGGUGGUCUCUCCACUUGCGUACCCAUGUUUCUAACAAUUGCAAUUGUGUAGACUGGAGGAGCCUGUUUUGUGAGCCUAGUGAUGUGUUCUCCAGUUCACUUACCUUUAGCUUGUGGUGAUACUGGAACUGUCUGCAUUUGUGGGAAUGUGUGGCUGAUGAGCACCUCUUGGCAUUUUGUCUGAAUCCAUCACCUGAUUUAAAAAUCCAGCACUUGACAAUGUAACUGAUAGAAACGAUUGCACUAGCUGAUGAAGUGAUGAACUUGAAGAAGGGAAAUUUCUUUCCUUCAAUGGCAUGUGUUUGUUUUUCUCUUUAGUGGGAUCUAUGUAAAGUAGACAUCUGUAUUAAAAUUGGUAAACUUUCAGUGCUUCUCCUGUUUUGAUUCUUGACAGAGUAACAGAUUUGAAUCAAGUGUUUGGACACUGAAUGUUAUGCGUAACUCAGUUUUGUAAUCCUGUGCGUAUGAAACAACCUGCCGUCUGUUUAACUCUGCCUAGGUACCAUUGUAUGUGAGGAAGGACAGCUGUCUUGGUGCUCAUCAGCCUUGCCUUCAGCUGGAAACGUGAACAGCUCACAGUAACCCUCCCAGUUCACACACCAAAGUUUCUACAAAAGCCUAGCUAGUCACCAAAGACACAGAUCAGGUGUGGGUGUCAUGACAUUCCUUGGUACAAAACCCAGCACAUAAAUCCACAUGUCUAUUUUAAGCAACAUCUCUGGUGCAGCUUUGAUUCUGGACAGAAUCUCAAACAAUUUGCUGUUGUACCCACCAGAUUCUUGAAAAUGCAAAUUAAAGUACAUGUUUCUGCGGUCUUUUCUGUCUCGUUUUUUCCCCCCCCUAUUUCAAGUUAUGUUUUUAUGGAAUGAGGACUUGAUUAUAAUCUGUGGAGCAGGGAGAAAAUACACUGAUAAGGUAGCGUGAGGUAGUCUCUCCGUCUGCUCAUAUUGGCGAGCACUGGCAGGCCCGGGGUAAAGGCUUUAUCUGCAUCGUUUCAUCUUCACAAGAGCUGUAGGAGGGAGUUGCAACUGUGUUAUACACCAAGGAAGUGGAGUAGAAAAGGCUCAGUAACUUGUAUGUAUUCACAAAUUCAAGGUUAUGGAGCCAGAGCCUGAGGCCUGAAAAUCUGACUUCAGAGCUGUUACUCGUCGUGUGGUCGGUUUGUGUCGUUUCAUAGGUUGGUUGGUGGAUUACCAUUCAACCAAAAAGUACUUUCACAUCUUUUCAUUUGUAUUGGGUCAAAUGCCUUUUUAAUAUGCUUGUUUUAUUUAAGUUGUUGAGCAGGUGCUACAUGAACAACCUGGCCUGUCUUCCCACGGUGCAUAUCCCUCCAUCCAUCUCCUCUGUGGUUUCCAUCCGUACUUUUUGAACGUGAAAACAUUCACAAAUGUAAAGUCUUAUUUUUCUCUCGUUUUUACUCAAAAUGACAUCGUAUACAGACUGUUUGCUUCUUUUACAUAGUAUUUCUUGGUGGCUUUCACGUUCCACCAGACAUCGUGGUCAUCUGCUCAGUGACUGCCUGGACUCCGUUGUAGUGAUAAGCCCUCGUUUUAUCACCAGCCCCUACUCUAUCCACAGGCAUCUGGGUUGAGUGCAGGUCUUGUACAUGCAUCAUCUCACGUUUGUGUUUAUAUGUUUGUAAAAUACCCCAAAACAGAAUUUGGGGGUCAAAGGUCAUGUGCAUCUGUAACCUUGAAAGAUACUGACUGGUAUGCUGUCCUCCAGAGGGGGACAUAUCAGUUCACAUGCCAUCUGAAACUUACAACAACCUCAUCGUCAGAUGUUAUACAAAUGUUGAAUUUAGACCACUCUGAUAGAUGAAAAAACUAUCGAGUCUUUAGUUUAUAUUCUUACCAUAAGUCAGGCUGGCCAAGUGUUAAUCAUUUGUACCUGCUUUUGUGUCUGUCCCUUUAAGUUCCAGGAGUGCUCAGUACAAACGCGCACUGAGCUGCAUGUUUCCCGCUCGCUCCUGUCGCUUGGCUUACUUACGAUGGUUUUGCCACACAAUUUUCUUUGUAUGGUCUUUUUUUUUUUUUGGUGGUUUCUGGAUUUUGAGUCUUAGUUAAAAUGCCUUCCUGAAUCCAGACCAAUAGUGAUUUAUCAGUAUUUUCUUCUAUAACUCUUUUAAAUACAGUCAAUUUGAUUCUUUGGAAUGUAUCCCAGUAGGAGAUGUAGGCUAGAGGUCCAGCCUAAUUUUUUUCUCAGAUGAUUACCCAGUCGUCCCAGUAUCAUGACCUAAACAGUUCAUCUUUUCCUCACUAACUUGAGACUACAUUUACCAUACCUAAAAUCCCAGGUGGAUUUUGCUCUAUGAUUGGGUUCCGCUUCAACUUCACUGGUCUAUUUACACAUGCACUAAAUGUGCACUGAUUGUGCAGGUUUUAUUUUUUUAAUAACUGGGGCCUUGGUUUUUCAUUCCUUCCCUCCCCUUGUUUAUAUUAUAGUCUUCCUACAUGUUCUUGUUUGUUUGUUCUUAAGCUUUUAAAACUCCCUGAACACACAGCAUGCUGAAAUGGAGUCGUUUCCUCUCGAGGGAAGCACUUUUAACCACCUAUCACCACUUUCUGUGUUGUCA